AUGUCUGACGUCAAGGAACAAACCAAGCCCAAGAGGCCGCAGCCAUCCAGAAAGGGAAAGAAAGCCUGGAGAAAAAACGUGGACAUUCAGGACGUUGAAGAAGGUUUAGAAGAAAUCAGAGACAGAGAGAUCCUUUUGGGAAAAUCCAAGGGUUCGGAGGAUGACAACGGGUUCGUGAUCGACUCGGCCCCUACAGAAGCCAAAAGAUUGGCCAAGAAGUCCAAAACCAGCGAAAUUUUGGCCAACAAGUCCAAAAUUGAUGCGUUGAAAAACCCAAGAGCCAACAAGGGCACCAACAACAACACCAUCCAAGGGGUCAAAAAGACUGACUUGUUGAGGUUAAUCAAGCUCAACGGUGGUAAGUACAAGAGUGAGUCCAAGGCCUUGAACAGGGCCGAGCAGGAUGGUCUUGUCAGAGGUUCAUCCAUGGAUGUCUGGGGAGAUGAGCCUGCUCCCGAAUUCCCAGAAAACGUCAAGCCUGCUUCUUCGAUAUCAGAAGUGACUAAGGCCACAGUUGUGCCAAAGACCAUGAAGGAGAGCCCCAUCUUGCUUGAAAAGAACGACUUGAACACCAAAUCGGUCGACGCAGGAAAAUCGUACAACCCAUCAUUGGAAUCGUGGAAAGCAUUGAUCAACAAGGAAUACUCAGUGGAGUACAAGCUCGAACUCAACCGUCAAAAAAUGCAGGAGCACAAAGAGAGAAUCCAGCAUCUCAUUGAAACAUUGGAGGACGAAGAAUUAUUAGAUAGCAGUGACGAAGAGGAAGAAGAACAGGAAGAGGACAAGGAAGAAGAAGGCGAAGAAAAGGACUACAAGUUGUCGUUGAUGAAGCCGGUGCAGGUCAAGAUUAAGACCAAGGCCAGAAGAAACAGAGAAGCUAAGCAUAAAAAGAGGGUAGAGUUGGAAGACAAGAUCAAGGGCUUCAAGAAGCAAUUGCAAGACUUGCAAAAUCUCGACACCAUAUUAAAGAAGGAACAGGCUGAGGCACCCAAGAAACCAAAGGAAACCAAAGCUGAAAGAAAGAGAAAGAAGUUGUUCAAGUACGACUCUGUGGAAGCACCCUUGGAAGUCAAAUUAUCGGACGAGUUGACCAACAACUUGAAGAACUUGAAGCCUGAAGGAAACUUGUUCUACGAUCAAAUGUUGAACUUGCAAUCCAGUGGUAAAAUCGAGGCCAGAGUUCCUGUGGCUAAGAAGAGAAAGUAUGCUCCUAAGAUGACUGAGAAGUGGAGUUACAAGGACUUCAAGUAA